CCCGGAACUGAUUAUUUGGUAGCCAGAGGUCAGAGGGACAGGAAGUGCUAGUGUGCUGCUGCAGUCAGAGUCUAGUAUUCAAGUUUUUUGUCAUGUCAGCUUUACGUGCUCCUGUACAUGCAAGAUGGAUUGUGGGUAAAGUGAUUGGGACAAAGAUGAGAAAAACUGCAAAAGUUAGAGUUACUAGGCUGGUGUUGGAUCCCUAUUUACUGAAGUUUUACAACAAGAGGAAGACGUACUUUGCUCAUGAUGCGUUACAACAAUGCACAGUGGGAGACAUUGUGCUGUUGAAAGCUUUGCAAGAGCGAAGAACCAAACACGUGAAGCAUGAACUGUCAGAAAUCGUUUUUAAGGUGGGGAGAGUUGUUGACCCUGUGACUGGGAAGCUGUGUGCGGGAAUUGAGUAUCUUGAAAGCUUUUCAGACACUGAUGUCCCAGAUCUUAAUGAACAGCUCCAAAAUCUAGAAAUCUCAGUGAAAAAAGUUGAAGAGAAGACGGUAGAUCCUUGAAGACUGUAACAUUGCUGUAUUUGUAUGAGUGCAUCUCAUAUGCCAUAACUUGAAGCCGGCUUUAAUACGCUUUGAACUGUGAUAGGCUAAUGAUUCCAGUGACACAGAACAUUGGAUCCAGAUAUAUAUUGAUCUCUGUACUGAAAGGCUUUUUUUGGCUUGUUCUGAACACAAUUAUUUCCAAACGUUAGCAUUGGUCAUAGUUAUUCUGUAUAAAGAGAAAUAAAUCAUGUUUUUGAAAAUGUUUUUUCGUUACCAUAUCUGUAACUUACCAGUUAAUUUUUUGAAGGGUACACAAAGCAAAAUAAUUCAUAUUAAACUUAACUUUAUGUACAACUA